AUGACAGCCACGAGCAGUCGUAUCGAAUGCGAUGAUCUCCUGGCGCUUGCCACUGCCGCUGCGUCGUGCACCGUCGUCGAUGAGAGCGAGCUCCUCGUUCCGGAACUACGGGCUCAGCUCCUUUAUCAUUUUGCAUUGUCCCAGAAUCAUCCCCAUCAAGUAAAACAAGACUUUGCACCAGCGACUACACCCACCUUGUCUACCUCGCCUUACGUACUCUCCAAGAACGUGGGUGGUGGUGGUGGCAAUAGCCGGAGACGGCGAGAGCCCAGCCUGGCACGGGCAUCGAUGGAUAUGGACAUCGAAGUCGAUGAUGAACAGAGAUCAGAAUACACUUUUACCGACUCCGACACCAACUCGAGCUUUGCCUCUUGCGAUCCCUUUUAUCUCGCCACCGCCGCCCAGCUCUCGAAUCACAACCGAUCAGAGUCCUCACGACGACAACUAGAAGCCAAACCAUUUGGUCUCUCUUCACGGGCCCAAGUAACGCCGACUCCAAAGGUCUUUGGUACCUCGUCCGGAAACUCGGCAGCAGGUGCAUCGCAACAGUCGCAACCUGCAUUUUACACAACCCAACAUUCGACAUUCUACGCACAGCCGCUUCAAAACACCCAACAAUCGCCUUCUUCGUCGUCGUUUUUCGCACAGGCACAGGCGUUUAACCCCGCGGCUGCAGGCCAAAGCACGCUCUGGGCUCGCAGGGACGUUCAGCCGAUGGACGCCGCGCUCUAUCAGUACCGAUAG